UCGAGGCGUGGGGGACUAGGCGAUGCGGUAUAAACAGUAAACUGCCUUCAGUUGCUCGUCGUCUCGUCUUCCAAUUCAAUCCUCUUGGUUGCUCGAGGCGACUGUAUUAAUGGAGGAAUGCGUGGGGACUAGGCGAUGCCGUAUAAACUGCCUCAAACCGAGAACGGAGAUGGCCUAGGGAGGGCUCCCUUCUGCAACUCUGCUCCUGCCCGGUCGAGUCUCAAUUAGUGCCGUGCCGUGCCGUGCCGUCGACGAGCUGCGGCGCGAGCCACCUGUUCGACGGAAUGGCUGACAGCAAGAAGGUGGCUAUGGCUGGCGGCAAGGACCGUUUCGAGGACCUCCCGGAUCAUGUGCUCGAGCUGCUUCUGUCUUUCCUGGACGCGCUAAAUGCCGUGAGGACAUCCGUGCUCGCUCGCCGCUGGCGCAACCUCUGGAAGUCCGUGCCAGUCCUGCGCUUCGAUCCUUAUUCUAAUUUCAGCAGUGCCGAGAACUUCAACAAUUUUGUUAAUAAGGUGCUUGAGUGCCGUGACCAAACUUCACCUCUUCGUGAAUGUCAUAUCAAUUCAUAUAUGUAUGGUGAGCAAAAAGAGAUAUACCGCGAUGUUGAAUCAUGGGUCCAGUAUGCUGUCUCAUGCCAAGUGUCGGUGCUCCGAGUUCUGAUACAGGAUGGUUAUCAUUUGUAUCUGUCAAACAACAGUGUCAUCUCCAGGCACUUGACAGAUUUAAUGCUUUAUAGUGUGGACUUUGACGAAAGCCCUCUAGAUCUUGUGAGCUGUGAUGCACUAGAGGUGCUAGAUAUAGACUGCUGUUCUAUCAACCUUGGGGAUAUCUUACCCAAAUCUUUACGACAUCUGACAGUCAAGUGUUCAAUCAUUAUUUCCAUGCAUACACAACGGAGUCGUCUUUCUGCUCCAGGUCUGGUUACCUUUGAACUAGAGGACUGUGAAGGGUGGACUCCGCUGCUUGACAACGUGCCAUCAUUGGUAACAUCAUCUAUCAUUAUUGAAGAUGUAGAAUGCAAUGAUAGUUGUGAUGCAUAUAAGUACCUUGGGGAUUGUGGCGUUGAGUCAUGUGAAGGAUGCUAUGUAGAAGAUGAUUGCUCUGUGAUUCUUGAAGGGCUGUCCGGCGCUACGAAUUUAAAGCUGAUAAGUGUAUAUUCUAUGGAGUUUGGCAUUGACUCAAGUGAAAGCUACAACCCAUCAGAAUAUUUCUUGGUGUCGAAGCAUCUCAUGAUAGUUGAGAUCCAUUGUCGGAAGAAAGAUAAAAUGAUUUUUCAAAUUGAAAAGAUCCUUGGUACUCAUGGAGUGACUCCUGCGCAACUCGACAUCAAACUUCUUUAGUAUCCCUCCUUCAGUUUCGAGCAGAAGGAGCUGAUAAGUUAAUCUUUGUGGCAUCAUGUUGCUUCGUUUUGGCCUAUCUGGACCGUGCGCCUGUCCCUGUUCCAUUCAUAUCAAGUCAUGUACUGAACUCGUUGCCAGGCCUGAACUACCUUUGAAGGCCUAUUUUCUAUUUAUAUGUUUCAGAAACCCGCGCAUCUGGUUGAACUUAUGUAUCAUGGCACCUGUUAUUUUAUAUUGAGUAAAUUCCAUCACAGCCUGACGUUUCAGUUUUGUUGUGGUGGUGGCUGCGGCGGCGGUGGUGGUGUUGACAUAAAACACAUCUGUGGAGUUGCUUUGCUUGGCAUCUUUGGUUUUUCGCACUUGCUAACCAUGUUUCCUAAUUGUGUCCGAUCAGUUACAUUGAUCGAUGU